AUGCAUCGGUCGACACACACGACGUCGCUGCCGAUUCUGUCUCCAUCCCGCAUUCUCGACCGUCUGCCAUCGAGUGGAGAGGGGUACUUGGCGAUGUAUCUAGCGGACAAGGCACAGAAAGACACCACCUGGCAAGCCCUGCCGUCCAAGUCGUGUGGGAAAGGGUCUACGAAGAAGGCCGUUGUCGCCCCAUCGCCGUCUAUUUCACCGCUUCGUGUGCACAGGAAGCGGGAGCGGUCGACCAUCGACCUCGACACCGUCAAGCUCGUGGCAGGGUCCCUAAACGUGAUGGACGAAAGACGGAUUGUAGCCCUGUUCCAACAGCACAUAGCGCUAACGUCCGAGCUGCAAUCGGUCCAUGGCAAAGUCGCUGGGUACCGCGCCACCAUCGACGAGGAGCGCAGCAAGCAGCACGAGUUGCAAAUGCAGCUCGAGCACUGCCAGUCCCUGUUGCCGCUAUGCCAAUCUCACAAAGCAAAGCAGGACGCACAGUUUCGAGCCGUCGACGACGCGAUCGCGGCAUCGGUCCGUGAAGUAGCUCAGCUCAAGCAAACACUUGCAGAUAUUUGCGCGGCCGACAAAGCACUCGACGCCGCGACCGAGGAAGCGCAUUCCAGUCUACAGUCCCAGCCACUGCUAGCCAUCGAAGUGGACGACAUCAAGCGCCAGCUCCAAGGCGCAAUAGCUGAGCUCGACGCCGCCAAGCAGCACUUGCGACACUCGCAGCACCAGCACGACGCAGUCCUCGUCGAAUUGGCCCAGCAAACCGCAAACGAAACCACGGAUCUGCGGAAUCUGCAAGUGGAGCUCGGCCGCAGCUCGCAAACGUGUCAGGACGUUGCGCAGCUCGUCGCGCGAUGCACGCGGGAAUACGUCGAUAGAACAGGAUGUCCAUUCUUGUGAUCGCCGCCAUGACUCGUCGGGGCGCCCAGAGCCACCCGUCCGUGUCAUGUGGUCAAGGCGAUGAGGACAGUGAGAGAGCACGUUUCAACGCGACAGUCGCGUUGAGGACGUGUGUUGAAUGGUGUUAAAUAGUGCACUCGCUACGUGGAUGGCAAGGUCGCGUCCAACAUGGCGGGUGGAUAGGCGGCGCUAUCGCCGCGCCGGCAGCUGUCUUCCAGCAUCGUGUGCGAUGCUUUGGUGCACGUGGUGAGGGCAAAAAAGUCGUCGCGCCUUGACAAGGACGAAUCGAGCGCGACGGCCGCCGCGAGCGCUUUCUGGGCGGCAGCAACGCACUGGGUCGCCAAGUGGAGAGGCGCCGAUUCCUACAACCGCGUGAGUUGUCGCGUGGGAUGCCAACAACGACGUACGAGGUCCAAGUCGUGGUCGUUGAACAUCCGCGCGCGAAACCAGUCCGAUUCUUCUGCGUGUGUCCACGCGUGCUGCGGCGACGUUCGCAAGUACCUGAGUUCCUCCAAGAAGUACUCCAUCUUCCUCCCAAGACACAGCCAGAUGG